UAAGUAAUGCUUCUUUGCCUGUUACUAGCAUUAAUCUAUCACUGACUAAUGUGCAGGACCUCUCCCGGAGAAACGCUGCAUCUGGACUGACUCGAGCGGGUUUUCGUUUGUAAAAGGUCAUGUGCUCCAGGCAUCAGCUCUGAAAACCUCAGUGGAAGACCCAAGUCAGAGAAGAAUCCGUCAUUGCUUUCAAGUAGAAUUUGCUUGGCCUUUCAUUUCCUGUACAGAUCAUUCAGUUUCCCUCUUUAAAUCUGCACCUAAUUAUUGUAAAGUUAUCAUGGUGACAUAGUCAUUUUUAUUCUCUAUCCCAGUUAGGGUUGCAUUAUCUUUUAAACUGUUAAUUAAUUUCUCAGUUAAAGUGGUAUCUUCAAAAUGCUUGUUUUGACCGAUCAACAUGUCAAAAUUCAAAAGACAUUUAGUUUACUGUCAUAUAAGACCAAGAAAAAUGAAACCACUGGGACCAGAAACAUCCUAAGUUUCUAGCAGAAACUCUCGAGUUCUCACUGUCUCACCAUCGCUAGCUCUGCCUUAUCUUCUCUGUGGUCUCAGGUUUAUCAAGGUGGAAACUCUGCUGCUGUAGUUGGGAGUCUUCCAAAGUCAUAAGGUCCUAAGGGCACUGUCUGUGUGUCCUUGUGGCAUCCUGUGUUGUGUUGUGUGGGUGAUGCUCAGCUGGUGACUGGGGUUGCCUUGGCCCCUGUGGUGAAUGGCUGUGAGCAGAGGGGGCGUCGCCUUCUGGGUGGGUUGUGUCCGCAGCCAUGGCAGAAGGCAACCCAUCAGGAAACAGAGCUGGACAUUCAGCCAGGCAGUCGACUGCUUGUGGAUCCGUCCAACAUGCCCCCUGAGCAGUGCAUCAUGGGCCCUGGCGCCCCCCAACAGCCUGAGAUAUCAGAACAUUAAGCAGCCAGUGCUCUCCCACCCGUUCCACAAUGCCAGCCAACCUCAGCGAGGAGGUUACUACGAGGAGGACUGGGAGGAGUCUCUCAGCGUGUGUGUGCUGGUGAGACAGGGCGAGUCAGACGGCCUCCACACCCUGCUGGAGAUCCCUCUGUUCAGUCACAAUAAACUAGGAGAACUCCUCGUUCCAGGGGUUCACAAGUCUUCUGAGUUCUCCUUUCCCCUGACCACAGUGGACGGCAGCAGGGAGGAUGAUAUCCGCAUGGACAGCUUCAAGAGAAACGGUGUGGAUGCCGUAGAGAGAGAACAUGGCUGUUUCAGAAGCCUGUUUGAAGCGGAGAGGUGCCCUGCACCCUUCAUGUAUGGCUCUCAGUUUUAUUGUUUUCAUUGCCCAGCCACAGAACCGGUGCCUGGCAGUGGGCUGAAAUCAAGGCAAGACAUUGGACUGGUCAGUAAGCUUGUGGAGAGGCCUCUUCUGCAUCCUACCACUCUGUGCAGCCAUACAGAGAGAGCAGAGGGGGAGCAUACUGAAGGAGACAGCGAAGGAGAGGAGAAACUGGCCAUGAUGUAUGAAAGACUGAGGAUAGAGCUUCCAAGUUUCUUUGUAAGGAACCAUGAUUACACCAUGUACUCACAUGAUAUGGAGUUCAUCAAUGGCAUCAUGAAUACCAAGACCAGAGGCCGUGUGUUGUACCAGCUCACGCUCUCCAUGUGGCGCCUGCUGUGUCUUUGUUACUAUGCGGAGGCUCGGCUGGAAGUGCUGAAGCUCACCAAGCACAUGGAGGACGGGACCAUCAAGGCUCGCUGGAGGAUCAGGGGCCUUCCUGUCCACUCCCUGCUGCUGCGCUUCUAUCGCAAAGACAAGUCUCACCUUUACAGGUCAUAUGAUGCAUUCUCCACUUUUUACAUUGGACAGGAUGGACUCAUUCAUUGUCAUAAAGUUGAAAAGGUGAUGCCAGCUCAGCCCCCUUUACUGCCUCGGGUAACGUCCCUCCUGGCGGGGGCUCUGGUGGCUCUGGGGGUGCAGGAGCACCGACCUGCUCUCAACCUGCUGCCCCUCCUCCUGUCCUCGCUUCGACAGGGCAGAAACUGACCCUGGGAUGACCAUUCGAGGAAGAACGGCCAGUGGAAUCAACAAUGUGUCCAAGGUCCACAUGACUGAAAAGUUUCGUUCAUUUUCAUCAUAGGAACACACUCAGAUUGAAGGCUAAGCUUUCUAUUCUAAAACCUUAUAGUUGCCUCUGAAUUAAAUACAAAGUCAAAACCUCACACAGCUUUUCCUUUAUCUAACUGUAGGUACUGUUGGUUAACUCGAAUACAGGUGUCACAUGGCUGCCCAUCAGCUCCCAGCUCCUAAUUUUAAAACAAACUGCCAAGAUAAAAAAGAAAAGAAAAGAAAUCUGUCACGUAAAAGUUGAAGAAAAAAAAAAUCAGCAGUAUUUUAAAAUUGGAGAAUGUGAAACUGAGCUUUUCUCAGCUUUGGCUUUACAGUGAUCAGCAGUGCAGAUGUUGUCUGAUCUUUUACAGGCUCGACAUGAGGUCCGUGUGCAAUAUUGAGAAAGGUAACAUUAGACGCUCCUGUGUAAACGCAGUGUCAAAAAAAAAAAAAAAUUGUAUCGCAAUGCUAACGUCUGCUGUAGCAUCACACAUUUCACAUGACGCUUCUACAUGGAGGGUUGCUGCACAACCUGCGACCGCUAAUUAAACGUCAUUUCACGCUUCCUCCUUCAUAAAGGAAUAGUUGAGUGUUUUGGGAAAUAUGCUUAUUUGCUUUCUUUCUCAGAGUAAGGUGGUGGUGUCAGAAACUGCAUUUCCCAAAAUAUUGGAAUUAGUCCUUUAAAUAGCCCACUUUCAGCAUCAUGAUAGCUUCAUGUGGAUGAGUGAGCCUGGUCCCAGCAAAUGCUGGAGGGUUUCUGACCUCAGCAGACAGCUCAGCUUGGCAAAAUGCAGACCCAACAUUGUAAUCUGUGCUACAGAGCAACGAAUGCAUCACAAAGUUCAUUAUCCAAAGGCAAAAUUGUCACACACACACACAACAACGCCCUGAUGUAACACAACUCAUGAAACCUAACUGGCCUGAACAGGAGUGAGAAAGAAACUUGCCAAAGUUUGACUCGGGGGGGGGACAUUUUCAGUUUCUCACAGUGGCUUCUGUCCCCCUCCACCCACCCCACCCCCUCACGUAGCAGUCCCAGCACACAUGUAGAACAGUUAGAUUAAAGUA